AGCAGCUGACGGAAUCAUUUCUGAGGAAAUGGCCUCAAGGAGAAAAUUAGGAAAUGAGCUGUCACAAACCCAACAUUAGGUCGGCUUUUUUAUUUUCCUUGUUUAAUGAAGCGAAGUUAAAGUUUGAUUAAUUUACUUUAAGCUGCUGGUCGUUGUUCAGGGCUGUUUGUCUUCAACUAUGGGACUAGAACUUGUGAUCACAGCGUUGUUCCUGAUCAGCCGGGUUUCCUCUCUCAUCGUUCCACCCCCAGAAAAUGUAAAUGUGACCUGCCAAAAUCUGAACACCACAGUUUCCUGGAAUUACAGCAAAGAUCAACCAGAAACCACGUUCAGGGUGAACAUCAUAGGACGCGAUGGGAAUAAGGCAAUUGAAACCGAGAACCAUCAGUAUGAUCUCAGCCGCUUUGUUUGGCAGUCGCAGGAAAACUAUUUGGACCUCUAUUACGUCAAGGUGAUAGCCAUACAGGGAGGCAACCAGUCUGAAGCAGUAUCAUCAAAGACAUUCUCCUUCGACGAUUUAAAGACAGUUGACAUAAAAUGUGUCUUGGAUUUCCCGAAUAUUGAGGUGACCUCGGAUGAAACGCAGACUUCUGUGGAAUUCCAGAAUCCAUUGCACUUCUACCAACAACUGAAGCAGGCAGUCAAAACAGAUACUCGUACUUUCAAGUUCAAAGUCUCUCCAGUUGGCAGUGCUGGAGAUUUUGAUGGAGAAUGUAACGAAAGGCAAAGCUUCUGCAAACGUGACGUACAGUUCUCCAAGGGCGUGGAGCAGUGUGUCAGGCUGACAGGAUCGUUGUAUCACAGUUCACGUUUCCCAAUAAAAUUCAACGAGACAAAGAAGAUCUGUGCAACCCCGUCUGAUGAGAUCUUGUAUUGGACUGCAGUCAUUCUGGGCUCCAUCUUUGCAGUUAUAAUCCUUAUAGUAGUUAUUGCCAUCUGUAAGGUGAAGGCCUGGACCAUGCAGAAAGCAAAGCAACCCGUGUGUCUGACGGACUUCAACGAACAGAACAAAAUAUGUAAAAGCGUAUCCAAGGAAAAGAUCAAUGCUCUCAAUUACACGUCUCACGAGAGCCUUUCAGACCUACCCAACACCCAGCUCCCAGAAGACACCGCCUCUGGUUCUGGUUCCUCUGAUACGGAAAGAGAGGAACUUCUGGAUGGCUGUAAUCGGAGGAGGAAGGAGAUGGCCGAGAGCUUGACAUGUGGGGCCUGCGGGACAGACGAUGAUGAUGCAGAAGGCUCUCAGAAGACCGAGUGCAUCUCUGUGGAAUCUGAAGAUGGAGACGAAAUAGUUGCAUCGCCCUACGAUUUCGGACAUAAUGAGACAAUAGACAUGGGUGACGGAGACAUGGUCACUGGUUACCAUAGUUAAAGGACGGUAAAGACCAGAACGGACUAAGUCUGCACUGUCAGGAUGUUUCAGGAGACACCUGAGGGUGACGACGUUUCCAUGUCUUUCAACAUCAAACUUCUCUUCUGUUCUCUAUUUUGGCUCCAUGAAGCCGUCACUCUUUUACUCCUGAGAUAAUCUUCAUUCAGUUAAACCACAUAAUGAAAACAGUUACUUGCACUGCUCAUCUAAGUGUUUGACUCAUCAAGCAGCAUGUUGUGACUUUCCAACAAGAAGGAAUCUUAAACCAACUCUCACAUUUAAAGGAGACACAGUGGCGAGCACAUCUGUGGGACUUGUUUGCUUCAGAGAAACGCAUCGGUGGUGUUCCUGUCACCCUCCAGCUGCUUUCUCACACAAACUGACCUCCCCCUUCAUCGCCUCUCCUGUGGCAUUUUAUCAGAUGCUGGAGUGCAAGCCGAUGUGGGCGAACUGCUACGAUGCUUAACAAAAAAGUUCCAGUCUCAGGGAGACGAGCUGCACUGGAGGAAUGCAUUCAAGGCCUCUUUUUACCUUUUUAUUUUAGAGAAGAUCAUCCAGAUGAAAUGCACACAAAAACUUCAGAUUGGCAUUAUGAGGAAUCAUUAUGUAGAUAUGUUUGGUUUGGAGUAAGCAAAGAAGCUAAUUUAUUGUUCCAGUUAAAUAAUCUUUUCAGCUGUAACCAGAGUCCUUUAAUCUCUACUUUAUCACAGUGAAAUGGCAUCAUUUGGGUGAGCUGCUGUGUUUGUUCUGACCAUUUUUGAGGGUUUCUAUACAGAUUGGCAGGUUUAAGAAGACAC